UCAACUACAAAACUGUGGGUUCCCUGGAGGAGGCUCUGAGGAAGGCUUCACCUGAAGGAUACGAUUGCUUCUUUGAAAACGUGGGAGGCCCUUCAUCAGAUGUCGUCCUGCAGCAAAUGAAGAAAUUUGGAAGAAUAGCUGUGUGUGGAAGCAUCUCCACCUACAAUGACAGCCAACCCCAGACAGGUCCGUAUCCCUACUUCACCAUGAUCUUUAAGGAGCUGAAGAUGGAGGGAUUCUUGCAAAGUAGGUGGGAGCACAAGCACCCUGAGACCCUCAAGAGACUGUUAGCAUGGGUGAAAGAGGGCAAACUGCAGUGUCAGGAGCACGUCACAAAAGGCUUUGAUAACAUGCCGGCUGCUUUUAUGGGGAUGCUGCAGGGAGAAAACACCGGCAAGGCCGUCGUCGCAGUCUGAGGAGUUCAAUACAAGAGAGCCAGCAUUACUAAUAACUGCCAUUAUUACACAAUCUAUCAAUUAAUGAAGCAAUAAACAUAGAACAAAAUAAUUUCACAUUAACAUUUCAGCUCUUUGAGUAGUUUUGUAAUCACAGAGUUUUGCCUGUGAUUGAUAGUUGUGUCUUUUGUCAUGUUGACAACUUGACAUCUGGCAACAUCAGCAUCAGUUUGCUUAAGUUGUACGUUUUGGUGACUUACUUAACAACACGACCACCAAUGAAUAAAAGAAGAGAUGAUCAUUCCAGACUCAGGGUUCUUAUCCUGUCAUUCCAGCGAGUAUCUGUGUGCGCAGUGCAGAUCUGUUCUGCUGUAUUAAUGCCCUGUUCACAGUGACAUGAUCAAAGUUCUUUGUAUGCACAGGGAGCGAAAAAUAAAACAUUUUAAUUUCGAUUGAAUCAACAUGGUGUGUGGU